AUGGAUAUGGCAAGCCAAGGUCUCUGCUCGCUUCCGGGCCGACCUGAUAUCUAUGGAGUCGGUGUUCGCGCCGCAUUCUACACGCAAUGGCUUGGUACGUUGAUCAUGGAGUACAUCUCUGAAGACGACCUCUCGGAUUUGCGUUUCAUCAGCCUCUUCUCGUCUGCAGCCGCCUCAAUAUCCCUUGUUAUCGGGAUAGCCUAUAACGUCUUGAAUCCGCUUGAUAUUUACUUUUUGCUCCUCUUUGCUAUGGGCUUCUUUUUGUUUCUGAUGCCAUUGUGCAUCUGGCGUGUGAUAACAAGAUGUCAACCACACCUCGACCCUUUCUUACUCACGAAGGAGAUCCAUGGAACCUUCUACUAUCUCGUCGCUCUCACCAUACUCAUGACUACCGUGUCAAUGGGAACAUGGUAUUACACCAUGUUCCUACCGCAUCUUAGCCGCGACUGUCGCGACGUUGUAUUCAUGCUAGGAAAGGUAAACUUGGAUAGUAAGGGAACAAGAAUUAUCUGGCAUCUUAAGAAGCUUCGUCUCAUAUCUGGGCUCAUAAUAUUCACACUUUUGGUCGUUGCUGUCGAGCUCCCCAUACAAUGGAACCAUGUUCAAGGCGUCUACGACUUUGCGACCAUUACUCAGUUACUUCCCUUGCUCUUCUCAAUUGGUAUAUUCUUACGCUCCUGGGCGCUCUACGCCAGUGGCGCCAACACAACGGGAGGCGAAGCUGGAACAAGACCGAGUCCGAAUCCAUCGUUAUCGUCAUCAUCGUCAUCAUCAUCAAAUAGUGAAAUGGUCAACGUUGUGCGGAUUUAUAGAUCACGCAGUCCUCGAUUAUAUUAUCCAUAUGGGUAUGAUCCUUAUGGAUACAACUACUAUGGGUAUGAACAGUACCAAGACAGACUCAACUACAACGAGAACUAUUACAAUAAUUACGCAAAUUUGUCAGAGGAAUCUCAAGAGCCUCGUUGGCCUCCGGGAGUUUACUAUAGUCGGCGACCAUAG